AUGACCCAAAUCUCACAAUCUCAAGAGAUGACCCUCCAUCUGGUGGGAGUGGGCGUGACGCACUCCAUCGCUUACAGCAUGCACAAUUACAUCGCGAAAUCCCUUGGCCUCCCAUGGACGUUCUACUCCACCGAAUGUCCUACAAUUGAAGAACUCCUCAGGCUCGCCAAAGCACCAACCACAGCCGGCCUGGUGGUGACAAUGCCCUACAAGAACUCCGUCAUGAAGCACCUCGACGAGUUGGAUGAGCUGGCAACCAUCAUUGGCGCCUGCAACAACAUCUACUACAAACCAGGUAGUCAGCGGCUUCUUUGUGGUACGAACACAGACUGGCGAGGAAUCAAGGGCUGUCUUCUAGAGAAGGGCGAUGACAGCAGAAGACCAUCGGCGACGUCCCCUGCCAGUGCUCUGAUCGUAGGAGCUGGAGGAGCGAGCCGUGCGGCUAUUUACGCCCUUUCAGCGCAUUUGAAUUGCUCUACAAUUUAUAUCUUGAACCGCGAUGACCAGGAGGUGAUGGGUCUGAUCCAAGACUCGCGAAAGCUACCGAAUCCUCCCAAUAUCAUCCAUGUAAAGACGCAGAAGCAAGCCGAGGGGCUGCCCAGCCCGUACUAUGUUGUUGGAACAGUACCAGAUUUUGAACCCAAGACCGAGACUGAAAUUGCGGUUGCUGCCCUGCUCGAGUCUUUCCUGUCACGACCGGACAAGGGGGUGUUGUUGGAUAUGUGCUUCAAGCCAAGAAGGACGAGAAUGAUUAAGUUGGGCGAGAAGCUGGAGUGGCCCUGUGUGGAGGGAACGCAUAUUAUCGGGUACCAGAUUCAUGAACAAUGGCGCUUGUGGGCUGGGGAGGAGUGUGUAAAAAAGCUGGAUCAGAAGGGCGCUUGGGAUGUUUUGAUUAAGGCGGCCGAUGAAAGCAAGGGGAUCAAUUUCUAG